AUGGGGAAUGCACAGACAUCCUCCCAACCGAUCGCGUCAGCUGAGCAGCCCGCAUCAAGGGCAGCCAAAACGCCAUCCCUCUCGAAGGGACGGAGUUUCAUCAAGUUCGGAAAGCGGAAGCAGCUGCUCGUCGAGCACGAUAGCAGCGGCAAACCCAGAGACGACAGAGAUGACAUCAAGCCUGACCUUGCCGGUGCUGAUGCGGAGGAAGAUGGGUUUUCGAAUAUCCUGCUGGAUGCGAUAUCUCACUCUGGCAAGAGCACCUCCCGCUUGGAUGAAGAAGGCAGCCUUAGUAAGCAUUCGAAAUCAGCUGAUAACAACGAGCGGGAACCGAAGGAGCUUGUGGAAGAACCAAAUGCCGAUCUUUUGGCCGUGGCUCUCAGUGGUAGUGUUGUCGAUCGACAGCCAACCCACCCGAUCGUUGUCACCACCGAUUCGUGGAAAAGGGCCAAUUCGCUCAAUCAAAAUUUAGCUUCCGAAGAUAAACAGACGCCCGUGAUUUCGUCCGCGCCACCGCUCAACAGCAAAGAUACAUCGAAUGUACUUCCCUUGCGCGAACGUGCAACGUCGUCCAGCUCUGACUCGAUCUUUACGGAUCCGGUGUCACCACAGGGCGGUUUUGCUACCGAAAUCAACGAGGCUUACUAUUCGGAGGAAAACAUCUGUGAUCUUGUCGUAACUCCCGCGGCUGCAAUUCAGGCCACAAGCAAUGCUUCGGUGCAUUUAACCAUCUGCCGAAACGCUCCGUUGACACUCGAUGGCGCUGGCGUAGACCGAGAAGAACGCCUAAAAUCUAAGCUGCAGUGUGAGAAUGUAUCCAAUAUCGAUGUACCGCCCUGCCACGAAUGGCAAUGCUCAAAUUGGACGCCAACAAACCUGCACAUCGAACACAACGUAAGCAGCGUUUGUAUCGAGCCAGAAACUGUAGUCGAUGACUCGCCGCAAACGUCCCCUGAAGAGAACAUGGAUCGCAAACGGAUCCCUCUGUCCCACCGAAGGGCGGCUAGUUCCGUCGGAACAGACACCAAUGGAGCCACAUCGGGAGCAGUAACAACGACGCGGGCGCUGGAAAAUGGAAGGCCCUCGCGAGUGCUGACCAAAUCGAACCUUUACGCUGGAACGAAAUUGCCCGUUUUGACCGACCGAAAGAUCGCUGCAGCUAGUAGUUUUUCGAGUACAACACCUGCCAAUAGGGUCGUACGGCCAUCCUACGUUCCGGAAAAGUUAAACUUUUUUUCGUAUGAAAAGUUCGAAGGUCAUAUGUUAAUCAAUUGGCUUUCGUCUUCACUGGCGGCAAACUUACCCGGAGUUAACGAACAAGAUUUGCAAGCUCUACUGUUUCAGUACUGUACAAAUCUUCUCGUUGCGGGUGUUAUGAAACAGAUUCCUGAUAAACAUGCUCCACUACAAGACACCUUUCGGACAAAUCUCAUGUACCAGUGGACACAUACCGAGCCCCCUACACCGACACCCGUUACCCCUGGUCGGCUUGAGCCGCACAUAGUCUGGCCGCAUGUGCCGAACCAGUGUACUACGAAAAGCACCUGCCACCAAUCAACGAGCACAAAUACCGAACCUGAAAACAAAAAAAUCAUGAAACCUGAUCAAGAUCAAAAUGGAGAUCACAAAGAAACCGAUUUUCAGCGUUUGCGUCGCCGCAUUACAAACUGCGAAACGAUCGAUCAACUCAAGGGUAUUUUGCAAGAGCUGGUUUCUAACGAAUGUCCCGGUAGCGAAGACGCUACAAAUGGUAGUUACAUCGAAAGGCAUACAUCGCAACCAGGCAAAUAUUUACGGCUUCAGUUACACGAUCGCCUCAAUGAAACGGACUGCACGAUAUACGAAAAGGGCAGGAUGGAUCUGCUCAACGAAACCGAAUGCACAGUGUUCGAGGCAUUCACAAGCACGCCUAUCAAGCGAUCUGGAAUCGCUGCAGCUUCCAACUGCCCGUCUAACCCGGAGUCGGAUACAGCAAAUCAACAGCACACAGCCGGCGCACAAAAUGUUCCGAUGACUGCUACCAUUGAAUGUGAUACAACGAUUAACUCUACUCAACAAACAUUCCUCUGCGCCAAUCCCGAUGCAAGCUUUUCAACUGGAGAAAGCGAGCGUAACCGCAGCAGCAAUUGUAACAACGUUGUCGCGUGUGAUUUGAAUGCGCCACGUUAUGUUUGCUCUAAUUGUUCCCAACCCCUGAUGCUGUCUAAUGCAUUGCCAAAGCUUCCAAAGCAAUCCACAGUAGAAUCUAAACAUGAUCCACAAGAACCGGAUUACACGGCAUUUUCAGAGGAUCUGAAACCAAGCUCAGUAACACGAGAAACGCAAACCGACCAGACUGACCAAAACAAUACCCAACGGGGCAUGGCCGAUUCGUGUAGUUUGGGCAUAAUGCCACCAUUGCCACCGCCACUACCUCCACCUGCACUACAGCCCGUGUUGGCUCGAGUUGCAAAUGAGGCGGCACCUUCAACACCUCCGCUACCACCUCCUCCACCGCCACCACCACCACCGCCACCUCCCGGUAACCUGCUCCCAUUCCCAUCACCUCCGGUGCCACCACCGCCUCUUCCACCUCCACCGCCGCCUCCAGCAAUGGCGCCAUUCGGUGGUGCUGGGAAAGGUCCUAGUUCCAUGUGUCCGCCACCUCCACCGCCCCCACCGAUGGGGUUGGGUUCUGUAGCAGGAGCUGCUGGAUCGGCUCCACCAGGACCUCCACCUCCUCCUCCCGGUAGUGUUGGUGGUGGGGGUGGUGGCAACGUGGGUGGCGGACCGUAUGCAGCUGCACCGCCCGGACCAGGUAAAUUAGCGUCAAGUGCUUCCCCUAGUGCGAACACCAGUGGCCCUCCGCCACUACCACUACCCAUACCAGUGCCCGGAGGAUGGUAUGCGGCGAAUACUCUUCGCAAGCAACCGGUUAGUCCACCAAAACCGAUGAAACCGCUCUAUUGGACCCGCAUUCUAGCACCAAAAAGCACCGUGACCAAAAGCACAAGCGCAACGUCCGCAUCGUUCGCCGAGGAAGUCGACGGACCAUCCUCGUUAUCGAGUGCGACGAAUGUGCCGGAUGCGGGUGAAGGAGCGUGUUCGGAACAAAAUGUAACGCCUCCAGCAUCGCUGGAAGUCGAAAAGCAAACAGGCCUAUGGCAAGAACUGGAGGAAACAAGCCUCGACAACUUGGAAGAGUUCACGCAACUUUUUUCGCGACAAGUGAUAAUUCCAAAGUUACGCGAGAAGGUGGAAAAGCCAGAGAAAACCGUCAAAAUACUCGACUGCAAACGUUCGCAAAAUGUGGGCAUAUUCGCAAAAAGCUUACACGUCGAGUGGGAUGAGAUCGAAUGCGCGAUCUACCAUUGCGACACGUCCGUAGUUAGCUUGGAAGCGAUGCAGAAAAUUCUUGAAAUCAAGGCAAAUGAGGAAGAACUCGCACAGAUCCGAGAGUACGCCGAGAGCAGCCUAGCUAACAACAAUAAUGCGAUCCCGCUGGAUCAACCGGAACAGUUUCUGUUGCGCAUUUCGAGCAUAUCGUUCUUUUCAGAGCGAAUUUCUUGCAUCGUUUUUCAGGCUGAGUUCGACGAGCUGUACAAAUGUGUUUCACGCAAACUGAAAACAGUGAAGCAAACGAGUGAGUUCCUAGUAGAGAGCGAAGAACUGAAGCACCUGUUUUCGAUCAUUCUUACUUUGGGCAACUUCAUGAACGGUGGCAAUCGUACGCGCGGACAAGCCGAUGGAUUUGGGUUGGAGAUUUUGAGUAAAUUGAAAGAUGUAAAAUCCGCGGACACCAACACGACGCUGUUGCAUUUCAUCAUUCGCACCUACAUCAGCCAAUGCCGCAAGAGUGGCAUUAUAUUGCAGGACAUUAAGCUACCCAUUCCGGAUCCCGGUGAUCUCGAUAAAGCCGUACUAGUGGAUUAUGACGAUUGUCAAUCGCAGCUCACAAUGUUGCGCUCAAAAACAGAAGAGUGCCGCAGGACGGCGGAUAAAGUUAUACGCGAAUCGACGGAGGACCAUCUGCACCCGUUCAAGGAGAUAAUGGAAGAAUUCAUUCAAAAGGCAACUACGCGCAUCGAAAAGCAGUGCUGCAAGCUACUCGAGUGUCGCGAAUGCUUCUUACGCACGAUGCAGUUCUAUCAUUUUACGCCCAAAACUGGCACGCUAGAAGAGUGCAAGCCUGAAAUGUUCUUCGAGCUGUGGCUCCCAUUCGCACACGAUUUUAGGAGCAUUUUCAAGAAGGAAAUGCAACAUCAUCUAAACGAGCUGUUGAAAAAAACAAAACGUCCUUCUUCGACAACGACGGCGGCGAGGCAAACUACCAGCAAGGCAAAGCCUGGUUCCCUAAAGGAGCGUAUGAAGCGAUUAAUGCAAACUUAGCUAUAGCUGCCCUAGGUGAUACGUUGAUAUAGUGGGCGUUCGAAUUGUAUUUUUGUGACACGCAAGAACUCAAUAAAACGGUAUUAUAAU